ACUCUGGCGUCCCAUAUCAUCUAUUCAUAAACAAACAAUCAAGCAUGGCGAAGUUUCACGAUUUCAAUAUCAGCUUCACAAAGGAUAAAAAACAGCUACAGAAAUUAAUUGCAAAUGCUGCGAAUGCUGGAUAUGAAAUAGUGGCAGUAAAUCAUGUUGUUGCAGAUAAGAGAUCACUGCAGAAUGCACCAGCACCAGUAGAGUUGGAGGAUGCAGACAUUGCAAACUUAAAGGCUCAAGGAAAACGACUGCAACAGCUCUCGAGAAUCACACUAGUUCUGAAGGAUAUUAAUACUUUUCCAAGAAUGUCCAAUAACACCAUGAUCCAGUCAUAUGAUCUGCUAGCUGUGCAGCCGACAACGGAAAAGCUUUUUCUUUUGGCAUGCACUCAGCUUGAGGUUGAUAUUAUAUCCAUUGACUUCAGUCAGCGACUCACAUUCUUCAUGAAAUAUCACCCUGUCAGAGCUGCUUUAGAUAGAGGAAUUCACUUUGAGAUCAACUAUGCGCCAGCAAUCCGUGACACGUAUACAAGGAGGAAUAUUAUCAGUAAUGCACACGCAUUAGCUACAGUGAGUAAAGGCAAGAAUAUCAUUAUCUCCAGUCAGGCUGAUCGGAUAAUGGAGCUACGGUCACCAUAUGAUGUUGCAAAUCUGGGACUAUUGUUUGGAUUGAGUGAAAACCAAUCUAAAGAUGCAGUAUCCAGGAACUGCAGAGCUUUAAUUAUGCAUUCUGUGUCUAGAAGAUCCGUGCGAUCGACAUUGUCUGUGAGACGAAUUGAAGAACUCGAACCAAAAGAAAGCUGGAAAGUGAUGGCAAACAACCCAGAGGAAAUAGUUAAACUCAGCAAGGCAUCAGAUGAGGAGACAGAGAGACCAAAGAAAAAGAGAAAAAGAUGAAAAAAGUAGCAUACAAGAAUAUGAGAUAUUAUACAAUUGUUGAUGAAAUAAGAUUCCAUGCCAGAAGCUUAGAUAAAAUACAAUGCGAGAAGAUGGGCCAUGAGUUAACAUGUUAUGCGAGAAUAUGGUUGAUGAGAUAAGAUCCAAUGCAAGAAGGUGGACCAUGAGAUUAGAUAUACUGUAAAAAUGUGUGAUGAUAAUGUAAGAAAAUACGAAGGUAAAUGAAGACUAUGCUUUUAAAUUGUAUUUUAAUAUAUUUUCUUUACAAUGUUCUCUCUGUAAACAUAAGUGGACAUUGGUAUUACAAUAAACCGACAAGUAAUGUACUUGGGAUGAAUACUGGUAUUGAUGGACAGGAUUGAGGAUACUGUAGUCCAUUUAAUCUAGGACUAUGUUGUCGUAUAGUUCCUGAAAUGAAAAGAAUGUGUUUACUUAAUGAUACUGGUGUGGGCAUUUAUAAUGCACCUCUUUCUUGAGGUUAUAAAGCGCAGUUCUUUUCCCUGGUCAUUGGGUCCACAUGCUAAGUGUCUUGCUCAAAGACACAAGCGAAAUGCACAGCAAGGGAUUGAAACCCCGACUUCAAGGUUGGGAAACCAAACUGCCUCCAUGUAUUACCGUUUUUCAUUUGGAUCACGAACUGUCUGACCAUAGGAACAUACUAUUGUAUCAUAGAAUGUAUUCGUAUCACUUUUUACUAAAAGGAUUAACUACACAAGGUAUUAUACUUUGUAUAUUAUAUAAAAAAUGUUCAUUAAAAUCCAUAUUGAAUAGACUAAA